AUGACGCCAUCAGCUCGCUCCGUAAACACACAGGCCGAUGCCGCCGACCAGACGUCUCUCCUUGCACCUACGACGAGUAGAGAUGGGCGCUCUGCGUCGUCGGUCGGCAUGGCCAGCUCGCGGGGAGGCCAGGCCUCGUAUGCCUCGUAUGCAACCGCCAACACAGGCCCUGGCAGCUUCAACACCGCUUUGGUACGGCCCUCGACGGCGCAAGACGGUCGGAUACGUCCCGAUUUCGACAUGCACGCAAUUACCGUGGGGGACAAUGACAACACAACCACUGAGCAGAGGCAGGCAGAGCUGCAGGAUCAGAUCGAGAAGGAAACCAAAAUCAAGAUUGGCUCGGAGAACCUGCUGGAGGCAUUGAACGCUAAGAACGCAAAAGACAGCAAGAACCAGAGGCUACAGGUCGAGGAACAGCUCAAUAUUUCGAACAGGAAAUUGGCCCAGUUGCAGUCGGGAUUGGCUGCGGAGAAACAGAGAGCAAAGGAAGUCAAGUCACCACCAGCGGACCCACAGAGCAGACUUUCAUAUCUCUUCCGACGGAAUCUCUCACGUUCACCGUCGCGGCAUAUCGUUGAGAAAGAAGUGGGAGAGGAGGAGGAAACUGAAUCGCCGACCUUCGUUCUGGCAGAGAUAUUGCAGGCCCUGGAAGUUCAGGGCUUGCAACCGGAAUACUAUGUAGAGAGAGCCAACUCUCUGGUCCUUCUCUUCAAGCGACACCCUACGCUGAAGUACGACCUAGCCUGGUCCAUUUUCGGACUACGAAUGCAAACCAUGCUCCUGAGCGACAGCCGCGAAGUUGUUGCAGCAGCAUAUCGAGUCAUGCGCUAUUCCUUCACUGAUCGCAAAUCUCUCCGGAUCAUACGGGCUCUUCAUACAGACCAUCUUGUCAUCUUGUCAUUAGUAAAAGAGUCCAAAGCCAGUGUGGAACGUGAACAAGCACUAAAGUUUGUCCGAGCGUUCCUCGACGUUAAGGGAGGCGUUGAGGAAAUCGCCCGCGCCGUAGUUCGUAUCAUCGUUGCAGUGGCCGAGCACGCAGAAGACCGACUGAGGAAUAUCGCGACCCUGACUUUGGCCGAGAUUCUUGUCCGGAAGCCAUCUCUUCUCGUUGCAGCCGGAGGUAUGGGCGCUUUGGCUGAUGCUCUUGGGGAAGGAAGCUAUCACGCGGCCGAAAGUGUUGGCACUUCGUUCCUCUAUCUACUGGAUACUCCCAGGCGACGCCGCUUUUUGCGCUCCGGGCGCGAGCUGGAAGCUCCCUUCGCCAUGUUCACGGACGCAAAUACCACUCAUGGACAUUUGCACGAAGAGAAACUGAAGGUCAAUGCCAAGGUCAUAGCAUCCUUACUCCGAAGUUGGCCUGGACUACUUACCCUUUCCAUGAACAAUUUUCUGCCCCUUCGAUCCUUACUUUGGUCCUUACAGAUUCCUACUCCUCAUGUUCGGAACAUCAUCUUGGAACUUUUAUUCGAUCUUCUCAGGAUCAAGCCUCCCUCCUGGUCGUCCUCUUUCCUUGCUGGUCGGCGUUUGACUACCUAUGGCCGCGUCACGAAUCUAAAAAACCAGCAGAUCAAAGAGACUUCAACCUCCAGUAGCACCGAGGACGACACCACCAAGUGGAGCUUACUAGACCAUUAUGUCUCUGUAGUUCUGGCUGCAUUUCUACAUGCAGGUUUGAUGCCAGCACUGCUACAGGCCGAAGAGGAGUCUCUGACAUUGCCGUUGAAGCGCAAGACAACCCUUCUAAUUGGGGAAGUUUUGAAAAUGGCCAAUGAAUUACUACCCCCCUCGUGGAGCGCGCAGAUCCAAGUACUCCCACAACUUUUGCACUCAGCGGCGCGGUUCGACUCAGAAGACCGCUUUGUCGCUAUUGGUACCAUAUAUCAAGUGGACAGCAUCAACAGGACUCUUUAUCGGUCCGGACCUACGUCUCUGUAUACCACUAAGAGCACUGCGCUCUCCGAUAGCACAUCGACAAACAGACAAUCUGACCAUGCGGCCAAGCUACAAGCCGCCAUGCAGGUGGACGAGGCCCACUUUCGCAAUCUCAUGGUCGAGACCCAAGUAUUGAACACGGUCACGUUCACGAAAUGGAAGUGGGAUUUGAUUCUGAACAUCAUCGAAGGCCCUCUGCUCAAUCCCAAACGCCUGGACGAGGCUAUCAAAGUAACCAAGUUCAUCCAUCGUGUCUUGGGGUUCUAUCGCCCAUUCAAGUACCGUUUCUCUGAGAUCAAAAAUACCAAACCGAACCAGCGAUACGUGCGAGCCGGAUGCGCCCUGAUGCAAAGUCUCCUGCAAAACCCAGAAGGCGUCAAGUAUCUGGCAGAGAGCAAAUUUAUCCGACAGCUUGCCGAGUGUUUGUCGCAUUUCGACCGGAUGAGCGGGCUAACAUCUGAGUCGCCUAUCUUUCAGACGGAUCGGAUGAACGAAACGCUCACUGGCGGCUACUUUGCGCUUCUGGGUGCUUUGACUAAAGACUCUCGAGGAAUCCACAUUCUAGAAAGAUGGAGAGUGAUCAAUAUGUUCUACCACAUCAUCGAGCUCAAUGACCGCGACGACCUGAUCCGAACUCUGUUGAGCAAUAUGGACUACACUUUGGACGGUCAUCUACGCAUCAUCAUCUCCAAAGCCAUGACAUCAUGCUCCAAAGAGAUUCGUAUUUUUGCAACCAGAUUGUUGCGCAAGUAUGCGACAAAGCCUAUGGGAGUGAGCAGCUCUACCAGUGUAGCGGAAUGGGCUAUCAGGCUCCUUGUGACGCAGCUGUACGACCCGGAUGUGGAAGUGUGUGAAGUGGCAAUCAAGAUAUUGGAAGAGGCUUGCAACCAGAAAGAGUCGUUGGAAUUUGUCGUGAAAUGCCGCCCGGCAUUGGAUCAUCUGGGCGAAAUUGGUGCUCCACUUUUGCUCCGGUUCCUCUCAACUUCGGUAGGCUACCACUACCUGGAUGGGUUGGAUUACAUCACGAGAGAGAUGGACGACUGGUUCCUGGGAAGAAACGAUACUUACGUGGCUUUGAUCGAAGCCUCCAUGGCUCGCGCACUCGCGGACAUACCCGAAAAGCCGUCGACUCAACUGACGUACGACGACACGCCUGAACCAACGGACUACGGCCUCGUGCCACCGCACUUCUAUCGGGAACUGACCAGAACCAAGGAAGGAUGCAAGCUACUGAAGCAGAAAGGUCAUUUUGACGAGUUCGCCGCGACCAUUCGAGACUUUGCGUCGGAGAAUGACGACCCUGAGAUAAUUCUCAAGGUCAAGGGCUGCUUAUGGGCGGUUGGCAACGUGGGCUCAAUGGAAUUGGGGGCGCCAUUCCUUGAGAGCUCAGAUGUGGUCAAGUGGGUCGUGCAGAUUGCCGAGCAGUCAGAAGUCAUGUCACUUAGAGGCACAGCCUUCUACGUACUGGGCCUGAUCUCCCGAAGUCUCCAUGGCCAGGAAAUCCUGCUGGAAUAUGGAUGGGACGGCGUCGUCAAUGACUCUGGCGAGGCACUAGGGUUUUGCCUGCCGUUAAACUUCAACAAGCUCUUUGCGAUGAGACCCUGGGUUGCCCAGGCGGAAGACAUGAGCUGGAACCCCAAUGCAGAGAUUAAGGUUGCGGUCACCGACAGGGAUCCAAUAAACGCGCGCAUCUUAAAGCUCGCGACUGACUUGGGCAAUACCGUGCUUGCCAAAAAGGCAGCAAACGACUUGCAGGCAAUCAAAGCUAGAAAGGCACCCGGUUUCAGCAAGCCUGCGAUCUUCCACAAGGUGAUGCAGAUUCUGGAAGCACAUCACUUCCGUCUCCCAGCGUGCCGGUUCAUGCUAGACUUGUUCGACAAACGGGUUCUCGAGCAAAUUGUGCUGGAGGAAGAAGACGACGACGACGAGGAAGAGGAGUCGAGCAUUGAAUCAGACAUCAACUCAGAGGCGGAACAGCCAGGGACAAACGGUGGGCCCAGGGCACCGUGA